AUGGGUCCCUGUACGGCCUCCCAUUGCUGCUGUCUCCAUCGCCACACUCUGCCAUGUGCCACUUUCAGGUCUCCUCACACUGCUGGUGGGUUCCAUUUUGUCAUAGGGUGCUGUAUGGCCUCCCAUUGCUGCUGCCUCCACCUCCACACUGUGGCUCCACACUCUGGUUUUGGCCCCGUGACUGCCCAAAUGAGUGAAGUGUGCGGUGAUUCUAAGAUCGACAGCACUCAUCUGCAUGUCAUACUGACUGACAGUAUUAUUUCUCUCUUCCCCAGCAGACUCCAAGGGCAUUUAAAUUAAAGGUACAGUGUUCUGCACUAAUAUAA